AUGAUACCAGCAACAUUUGAUAGAACCAUUGAUUCUAGUGUUGAUAUACAAGAUACAAAUCUUGGUAUUCACAAAUCAUCGAGUAGUCAUCAUCGUCGAGAAAAAAAACCACAUAUUAUUAUUAGUAUAGCUACACCAACACUUUCUCAAUCAUCUGCUGCACAACUUGAACGCACUAUGCUCGUUGAAGCAAGUUCAACGAUAUUUGGUAAUGAAUGUCUUCGACUUGUUAAUAUUGUUUUUCAAACAAGUCAAACAUUUCCAUCAAUAAUGGGUACAUGCAACAAUGUAUGUCAAUAUUUGCGAAAAGAACUCUUUAAAAAAUACCCUCAUGAAUAUUUUCAUAUAAUUAUUGGUCAAAAUAAUGCAUUCGGUUUUGCUAUUGAUGAUGACGACUAUUUUGCUGAAAUGGAACAAGAGCAAUAUCGUGUGAUAAUAUUCACAACAAGACUAGACAAACAAGUUAAAUUAGAAAUGCAUGAUGCUAAUAGCCAGAUGAUGCUUGAAUGGAAAUCAUUAAUAGUCAAACAAUCAAAAAAAUAA